UCCGGAGUUGCGCGGCGGUGGCUGCGCCGUGGUUGGAGUGACGCAGGGCUUGGGCGGCGCGGUUCAUCACCAUGGCGGCGGAGAGCAACCCCAAGGCUCUCACACGGAGACCCGUCCUGCUCAGCAAGAUCGAGGGCUCCCAGGAUGUAGUGAACAUGGCGGCCAUCAUCCCCAAAGAGGAUGGAGUGAUCAGUGUCAGUGAGGACAGAACAAUACGUGUGUGGAUUAAGAGAGACAGUGGUCAAUACUGGCCAAGCGUUUACCACUCAAUGACAUCUUCAUGUUCAUGCAUGUCCUUCAAUCCAGAAACAAGGAGGCUCUCAGUAGGACUGGACAACGGUACAGUCUCCGAGUUUAUUUUAUCGGAGGACUACAACAAAAUGAUUUCUGUAAAGAGCUACCUGGCUCAUCAGAACCGAGUGACAAUGGCCCUAUUUAUCUUGGAGAUGGAAUGGGUGCUGAGCACGGGGCAAGACAAAAGCUUCACUUGGCAUUGUUCGGAGAGUGGCCGAAGGCUAGGUAGCCACAGAACUUCUGCUUGGGCUUCGUGUCUGCAAUUUGACAUUGAAACGCGGCAUGCUUUUAUUGGGGAUUAUUCUGGGCAGGUGACGAUUUUGAAGCUUGAACAAGACAAUUGCUCUGUAGUUACGACAUUUAAAGGACACAGCGGCAGCAUCACGGCACUUUGUUGGGACCCGGUUCAACGGACACUAUUCUCAGGCAGUUCUGACCAUUCCAUUAUUAUGUGGGAUAUAGGAGGCAGAAAGGGAACUGCUAUUGAAUUACAAGGCCACAACGAUAAAGUUCAGUCCCUUUGUUAUGCACAUCAUACUCGGCAACUGAUCUCUUGUGGUGCAGAUGGUGGGAUUGUUGUGUGGAACAUGGAUGUAAAGAGGCAAGAGACUCCUGAUUGGUUAGAUAGUGAUUCCUGCCAGAAAUGUGACCAGCCUUUCUUCUGGAACUUCAAACAAAUGUGGGACAGUAAGAAAAUUGGCUUGAGACAGCACCACUGCAGGAAAUGUGGGAAAGCUCUUUGUGGAAAGUGCAGCUCAAAGCGAUCCUCCAUUCCGCUCAUGGGAUUUGAGUUUGAAGUGAGGGUCUGUGAUAGCUGCUAUGAGUCAAUAACAGAUGAGGAUCGAGCACCCACAGCUACUUUCCAUGAUAGCAAGCACCACGUGGUCCACAUGCACUUUGACCUAACCAGAGGCUGGCUGUUGACAUCAGGCAAUGACCGGGUUAUCAAGCUCUGGGAUAUGACUCCUGUGGUGUCGUGACGUGCUCUUGAUGAGCAUGAUGAGGGAUUCUGUCGAAUGGGCUAGUCUACACGUGGAGGAUCAGUCUGCAAUGGUAAUACAAUGUGGUGGCUUCGAUGAAGAACAGAAAGGAAUUUGAUAUUUUUCAAAAGCAACCUUCCAAACCCUGAACAGUUUUUAACAAGCCCAAAGUGCAAUGAUUCCAGAAAAAACUUGGCUGGGAGCAAUUAAGUACGGUUUUCCAGAGGGUAAUUUGUGCAGUUGAGGUGUUUGUUUAAUUUUUGCUGGAAUUUUUUGAUGGACCUGAACAAUCUUUGUGAGCUGUGUGUAUGUUUUUCUUAAUUGUAGUGAUAAAUUCUGUCUCUCUGUUGUUUUUGUUUUGUAUUUCACUUUUGUUACUCAGCAGCUAAUCUUCAUCUUUAAGGACACAUCCUGUUUUGGUAAUGUUCUUUAUAACAACUGUAUUGCCGUGUGGGUUUGUUUAAAAUAAUUUUUCGUUGUGUAUGAGAAAUCAUUUUGACUAAUAAUUUGGGCUUUUUUCCACAGCAGAAGAAAACACAGACUAAAAACAAAAUGGCAGUGGAGGAAAUAAUAAUGGUCUAAUUGCCCACAUAUUCAUUUUUUCCAUUUCAAAGAGUGAAAUUUCUGUACCUAAAAGCAUUCCACUUUGUCCUUACUAAUCUUAAAUGGUUAAUCCAAUCUCCUCGUCUGCAGAAGUGAAUUAUGAGGAAAUGUGGUGGUUUCUCGAUGUUGGAAGGUGUAAAUGAUAUAAAUAUACGAAUACAUGUUUAAUGGAAUUUGGGUCUGCAGGAUGAACAAUGGUUCCAAACGAGUCAACGAAACUUAGCAAUGUUUACUACCGCAGUCUUGCUGUCGAAGCUGCUUUGCAUAGGAUUCUGAUGCUCCAAAACUAACAAUGUACUCUGAUUCUGUACUCCUUGUUAUCCCUUCACAUCUUUGUCCCCAUUGCUCCCUUCAAAGGAGGGGAGGCUAUAACUGAGGAGCAGAGUGAGCUCAAAAUAGCUGUAAAAAGAGCAGCUCCUUGAUUUUCAGAUCAACAUGUUCCUCCUUUUGGCUUCUGCUUUUCUUCCUUCCUUCUCUCAUUCUCUACAGUCUGCUGAUAAAUUCAGUUAAUUGAUUAAACCCACUCUGAUCAGUGGGUGUUACGAUCUGGUGAUACAUUCGAUGAUCUGGUUGAACCCAUUCUGAUUAGUAAUGGGUGUUACAGUCUGGUGAUAUAUUUAGUGAUCUAGUUGAACCCUAGUCUGUUCAGUAAUGAGUGUACUUUGGUGACCAAAAUGGAAUUUGAAUUUUCAACCUUCUAGCCGGUAGGUAAGCAUUAAACAGGCUGCUUUUUUCACACUUUCCUUAGAUUCUCAUUGACUUCUAUUGACUGACUUCCAUGUUUCACAUAAUUUGAGAUUUAAAUGUUGGGCCUGAUCUAGCCUUUGCCUGGAUGGUUUGUUGAUUAGAAUGAAGCUUAUGUUGGAACUGUGCUUCCAAUCAUGAAGUCUUAGUAAUUUGAGCACACAAGGAAGCUGUUCAGCUGAUUGUACUCCUGCUUGAUCCACAUCAGAUCUUGACUCCACUCCCAUUCCCUCACUUUUUCCUGCAACCCAGUAUUGUGUUUUCGGUUCACUCAAUUCUUUUGGAUUGAAGAAUAAAAGACUAACAGUGCCUUUUACAUCCUUAGAACUUUCCACAGUGAUUCAGAUCCACUGAAUUAUUUUGAAGCAUGGCUAUUGUUGUUAUGUUGACACAAGUAGUGGAUAGUUUGCACACAGUAACAAUUGUGACUUUCAUAGACCCUCUACAAUGCAAGGGACUUGAUAGCUCAGAUUGGCCAGGCCAUUCUUGAUUAUUGUAAUCCUUUGUAAUCUGGUUUUUUUUUGCCUUCAGAAAACAGAUCAUGUCCAUGCUUGGUGGUAUUCAUAAAUUAUGUAUGACACACAUUAAAGAAAAACGGUUUUACUUGA